AAAAUGCGCCGCACAACUUAUAUACAUACAGUAUAUAGCUCUUACGACCCGACGUGUCAUUUCACACGAAGCGGAACAAACUUUUAUUGUUGCGCAGUUAGUUAAGUCGAGCGCAUAUCUUGAAGUUAUAGGCCCAUAUAAGACUUUACUGGGACACGUCCUGCGUUUACUACAUAUUUCCGCAUAACAUGGAGACCAAAGCUAAGUUCUACGCGGGCGCCGUUCCGGUUUUACUGGCGAUUGCAUGGAGCAUCUGGGGACCAAACCUCGGCCAAUUCUUCCCGUUGAUGUCAACAGACGACCCAAGUGACACUGGUAAUUUAAAGGGCCACAUGCAACGAUUCGGGGAACAAGCCCAGAAUUACGGGCACAUCACCACGUUGGACUUUUUCCCAGACCCGGAGGUGUUUUACAGGGACUACGUGCGCAAGUCCGUGCCGCUGGUGGUCAAGGGGGCCCUGAAGCACUGGCCUGCUGUUCAGAAAUGGAAAAACGAGGACUACCUACGAGAGAGGUUCGGCCACAGCUUUUUUAAUGUCCACUGGAGAAACCUCUCUGACGAGAACCAUCCGGCCUACGUCGACAUGCCCAUGACAGAUUUCUUAGAUACAUAUAGGAAGGAAAAGAUCUAUAUGGACUCCACUAUCAGUCCAGAGAUGGCUGAAGAUCUCACAUUCCCGGGUUUUGUCGCUUGUGAAGGGUUGCUGAAAAUGCUGAAACAAGUAGCUAUGUUCUUCAACGCCGGGUGGUCGAGCACCGACAUUCAUCUUGACGUCACGGAAACCAUCUUCGCCCAGGUGGUGGGUGGGCGUCACUGGAUCCUUACUACCCCCCGCGACGGCAAAUACCUGUAUACUGAUGACUUCGAACCUCAUAAUGGUAUUUCUCCAGUAAACCAGGAGGCGGUGGACUUGACCAAAUUCCCUGAUGUUUCAAAAAUCGUCAUCUAUAAUACCACACUUGAGGCCGGGGAUAUCAUAUAUGUACCCGAGGGCUGGUUCCACCAAGUGCGAACAAAAGGGGGCGCUCCCAACAUCGCCGUGGCGGUGUUCAUCAAUUUCCUGUGGUGUAUGUGGGAAUGUCCAGAUUCCAACGAUGCGGAGUACAUUGAAAGCUGCAUUAAACUCCGAGAGCAGAAACCAACGGAAUUGGAGUGCAAUAUUCGGAUGGAGGACUUAACCGUGAGAGAAGUACUAACCAAGUAUCCGUAUCUCACUCCGCCAGCUAUGGAACAGUGGAACGAGAAAGAAGAAACCGACCCUUUUUUAUUGAAGAGUGGAUAUGAAAUGCCGAUGUUGGGUCUUGGUCUCGGCGGAAUGCCUCACAAAGAUGCGCAAACAGCUAUACCACACGCGCUGAAAGUCGGCUACAGGUUAUUUGACACAGAUCCAGAAGAUGAGAGCGAAGCGGCUCUUGGUUCCAUUUUAGCCCAGAAUCCAUAUUGCAGACGCGAAGAGGUUUUUAUAAUUGUUAAAGUUCAUCCAAAACAUUUGGGUAAAGACGCAACUAAAAAGUCAAUCGAAAGAUCGCUGAACCGCCUGAAGACAGAUUACAUCGACCUGGUUCUCAUUAAAGCGCCAUCUUGUGACACACAAGGAUUCGAGUGUGAAGCAGACGAGAAAAGAGGCACGUGGCAGGAAUCUUGGGAAGCACUGGAAGAACUGAACCAAACGGGAACUGUUCGUUCUAUUGGAGUCAGUAAUUUUAAAAUAUCGCAAUUGAAAGAACUGUUACAAAAAGCCACAGUUCCAGUCUCCGUUCUUCAAGCUAGGUUUGACUUGAUAAAAAGAAACACAAAGUUGCGCAAAUUUUGCACCAAGCAUGGAAUACAAUUUAUGGCUCAUAGCGUGCUCGGUUUUAAGUGGCUUGACGAAGGAUAUCCAGAAAGUAACCCAUUUUUCGAUAACCCAAGGGUUUUGACAGCUGCUAGGAAAUAUCGUACAAGUCCUGCCACGGUUUUGUUAAGAUACGCUAUGGAUAGAAACAUUACAGUAGUUCCAAAAUCGUCCAACCCCGUGCAUAUUUCCGUGAAUAAACACGCCUUUUAUAUAGACGUUGACAACGACCCAUCGUUUAUGAAUGACUUGGACGAAAACUUUCCCCAUAUGAAUUGAAAUAAUGCCUUUCAUUCACGAUGUUACGUUUCAAUACAAAGUCCAUGCAGCUACGUGACGAUGGAUUAAUGGAUUUAGGCCUACUUGAAUGCAUUAUGUAUUUAACUAGAACUGAAAAUACAAACAAAACAGAACAAACAAUCCUUACAUUGCAUUGGAAGCUUAACAAGGGAAGCACAACUAGUUGGUAGAUACUUUAAUAUUGGAUAUAUCGGGAAAACUGACUAGUGCUUCACACAUUUUCUAGUACCAUGCAAAAAUAAUCACGCCUU